GCUCAUCUGGACCAACAUGGUGACCUUCUGGCUUCAGCUGAUGUUCUUCAGUGCGUCCAUCCAGCAGGUGUCGAGUUCAGGUGCAGGACGACACUCACUGUGGAUGUUCGCCACCUGCAUCUCAAGGCCCUCGCAGUUACGAGAGUGCAGCGGAGUGCUGAUGCUGGACGACCUCCAGGUGGCCUACUACGACCUGACGCUGGACAACCUGGUUAUCAGCAGCAGGGAUAGGACUCUAGUGGACCUGGGUUGGAACUCCAUGACAAUUGUUCGCGACAUGCGCUUGGACAUGAGGAACCAACUAGUGUACACCAAGAACCGUCUUAACCUGACCCAGGGUACCGUUGUGCAGCAGAGGAUUGCUGGUUGUGAGAUCCAGGACGGACGGCCAACAAUCGCAAUGUCAUGUGACAGUUACAACCUUCAAGACUCCGACAGUCUGAUAUAUAACAUGACCCACUUCACCUUCACAGCCAGAGACGGCUGGGAGAGCCGGUGGGAUGCAGCCAGGUGGCCGGUAGUCCAGACUCUCAUCCAUCAUUUCUACCUUCCAACAUGUGUGAUGAUCCUCAAGCAGCUGUUGGACCAGAAGAAGAACCUGGUGACCCGUCGAGUCCGGCCACGAUUCCGCGUCUUUUCCAGGCAGGUGAACGGCGGGGCUCUGCUCACCUGUCUGGCCACAGACUUCUACCCUCGACACAUCAACCUGACCCUGCUCCGGGACGGAUGCCAGGUGGAGGAGGACCAGCUGACUAGUGGUCCGGUGCUGCCCAACGCCAACGGCCUCUACCAGGCCAGGAAGACUCUGGCGCUGACGGAGCAGGAGCUGCAACAGAAACACACCUACACCUGCACUGCGACUCAUCCCAGCCUGGACAACCGACUGCAGGUGAGCUGGAGGGCCGAGUCCUACCAGUCACACCGGGCACACUUGGUCUCCCCGCUGGUCCUGGUCGCUGUGGUUCUGCUGCUGAUCCUGGUUGUAGUACUAGUCAAGUGUCGUCGAAAACGUCAGGAGCCAGUAGCUGACAUGAGCACACUGGAAGCAGAGAGUGUCGCCAUGGUGACCCAGAGCACAGAAACUGAGCGGCCACCUGGGGGCGCUCCAUGAGGCCGGUGCGUCCACAAGUCUCCUUGUUUCCUCCUUCGUCACUAGACGAGUCAGAUGAGAGGUGAGAAGGACUAGAGCUACUCGUGUGUGUUGCUUAUUGCGUUAUUUCUUUUUAAAAUGAUGGAUUCAGUUUAGACCCCGCUGUGGUGUUCAGUCUGUUCAAGUCUACCUUUGACAACCACUGAGUCUACAGCCAAAGAUGAGUAAGUAGAAGAAGAGUGGUAGUAGCAGCAGAUGUAGAAGAGGCAGCUUUCGCUGUCCAGGAAUUGUGGUUGUCACUGUUGUGGACGAAAAAUAAAGAUGUGUGCAAUGAAUGAAGCCUCUGAGUUAUUGUUUAAAUAAAUACUUGACAGCGGUCAAACACUAGGACACAUUGGAGACAACAGUCGGACCAAAAAGAUUCAUUAGCAUUAGCACAUGCUAACUGUUUGAGUUUAGGUAGUGAAGAAGAUUCGUUGUGUAGCGAGGGAAACAACAAGACUCCCCCCUGAGACCAACUGAACAUCCCUGUUUUAAGGUCUAGCUGGACGAAAUUUAAAGUUAACAGCACAGGUCCAAGGAUUGACCCCUGAGGCGGUUGAAGAUAUUCUUGUAAACACCACCAUAGACUGUGAAUGGAGUGCAAUGGACGCACAAAAAAAACAAAAAAAACACCCAAGUGAAAACGAGUUGGGAGUGCCAGGACAUAGAAGGACUUGUUGAACAUGAAAAUGUGCGACACUUGGAAAAGUUGAGCUUUUUGGUGGAGCAGAGAGCUGUCUCCGUCGUCGUGGGUGAACGUUGACCCAGAGAGUCUGCCGUCAGUGACGUAUCCUGAUAUUGUGAAUUACCUGUUUUUUGUUCGCCUAGUCCAUACACCGCCGAGUUUGGAGGCAUAUAACCAGAUGGUGUGCGGAUGGGUCUCGGAACUGUUAUACCAAGUCAUCAACGACAUUUGCGCCUUACAUGAGGAUGUGACGUAUUUAAAUAUUUUGAUGUUUCAUUUUGAC